GCUAAAAAGGCGGGAAAAGCUCAGAAAAAUAUUACAAAAAAUGAUAAACAGAAGAAGCGCAAGAGGAAGGAGAGCUAUGCUAUCUAUAUUUAUAAAGUACUGAAACAAGUUCAUCCUGAUACUGGCAUUUCAUCAAAGGCGAUGAGUAUAAUGAAUAGUUUCGUUAAUGACAUUUUUGAACGUAUCGCUGCCGAAGCAUCUCGUUUAGCUCAUUAUAAUAAACGUUCAACUAUUACAAGUCGGGAAAUUCAAACUGCCGUUCGUCUUUUAUUGCCAGGCGAAUUGGCCAAACAUGCUGUCAGUGAG